AUGACUUCUCGCACAGAAGCCAUGGCUAGCGAAUGGGAGGCCAAUUCGGCCAACGGGGACACCCAUGAUGAGCCUCGUUCUCCUCCCAAGAAGCGCAGCAAGUAUCGUCAUAUAGCUGCCUAUCAUUCUAAGCUGCAGCACUCGAGCCUCAGUCGCGAGGCCGAUGUGCUGCCCAAUUUCCUGGGAUUUCGAAACCUGAUGGUUCUGGUGCUUGUGGCAAUGAAUUUGCGACUGAUUAUUGAGAACUUCAUGAAAUAUGGUGUAUUGAUCUGCAUCAAAUGCCACGACUACCGUAGGCAGGACGUUGUUCUGGGGUCUAUAUUGUUCGCUUCGGUGCCAUGUCACCUGCUCGUUGCAUACAUCAUCGAGCUCUCCGCAGCCACAGCCGCGAAGCGAACAGUUGGCCGCCAGAAGAAAACCGAGGAAGAAAAGGAGCGUGACCAGAAGGAGUUCCAGUCGACUUGGCCGUACACUGCGUUCCUGCACACGCUGAACGCGACGUUGUGCCUUGCGGUAACCAGCUUCGUGGUCUACUUCUACAUCCACCACCCGGGGAUUGGCACUAUUUGCCAGCUUCACGCCAUCAUUGUGUGGCUGAAAAACUGCUCUUACGCCUUCACAAACCGAGACCUUCGUCUCGCACUGCUGAACCCCUCUGCGGACCCGGGCUUGCCCGAAAUCUACUCCUCGUGCCCAUACCCGAGGAACAUCACCAUCAGCAACCUGGGAUACUUCUGGUUGGCGCCGACCCUCGUCUACCAGCCUGUUUACCCGCGCACUCCUUCCAUCCGGUGGUCCUUUGUCGCUAAACGUCUGGCCGAGUUCGUGGGUCUUUCCAUGUUCAUCUGGGUCUUGUCUGCGCAGUACGCGGCCCCAGUGCUCCGCAACUCAAUUGACAAGAUCGCGGUGAUGGACAUUGCUUCGAUCCUCGAGCGAGUCAUGAAGCUCUCUACUAUUUCGCUCAUCAUCUGGCUGGCUGGGUUUUUCGCAUUGUUCCAGGCACUGCUGAAUGCCCUGGCCGAGGUCAUGCAGUUUGGAGACCGUGAAUUCUACACCGACUGGUGGAACAGCUCGAGUCUCGGUGUUUAUUGGCGAUCAUGGAAUCGGCCCGUGUAUCUGUUCAUGAAGCGCCAUGUCUUCUCGCCGCUGGUGGGUCGUGGCUGGAGCCCCCUGGCCGCCAGUGGGAUGGUGUUCGCGCUUUCCGCCGUUCUCCACGAAAUGCUUGUUGGGAUCCCCACGCACAACUUCAUUGGUGUGGCAUUCUUUGGUAUGAUGUUCCAGUUGCCGUUGAUCGCGCUCACCACGCCUUUGGAGAAGAUGCGCGGGCCGUCCGGCAAGGUGAUCGGUAAUUGUAUCUUCUGGGUCAGCUUCUGUCUUGUAGGUCAGCCUCUUGGAGCUUUGCUGUACUUCUUCGCUUGGCAGGCCAAGUACGGCAGUGUGAGCCGCAUGACUCCUUUGCCGGCGACUGCAUAG